AUGGGCAAAAGCAAUUCAGAGGUGAAUGACUGGAUUUUUGCAGACCGGGCUGAAACGUGAAUUCUUCGAACACGCACGUCGUGAAAGUAUCCGGCCCGGCAGGCAUUUUUCAAUUCAUUUCAAAAUUUUCAACAACAAUUCAAUUUUCAGAUCAUGGGUGAAAAUAAGCAACAAACAGGAAGAGACUGUGAUGGCGAAGGGAACAUUCCACCGAAUGAGAAAGCUACAGUUUCACAGCUAGCUGAGCGAACUCAGCUACGACGACGUCGCAAUUCGCCGAGACUCCCGGAAGUGUCGGCUUCUCGUUUACCGUUGAAAGUUCUUAAUCAAAUUUUCCAAUACCUUUCCCUCAAAGAUCUCAUUUCCGCAAUGCUCACUUGCCACAGUUGGAAUGCAGCUUUAGCCAUGGAAGACAGUGAAAUUUGGCAUCAGCAUUUAGUUCAUGUAGUUCCGGAUGCUGCCAUUUGCGACCCGUUCUUACUCAGUGAACUUGGUACCGCCAAAAAAAAACUGCGCGCGUGGUUUUUUGCAUGGAAUGCAAAUGAUAUUUCUCGAAACAAUUAUAUUCGAACGAAUGGUUUCACUGUUCAUCGACAGCCAGUGGCACAAUCAACAGAUGGAGUGAGGGGAAAACUAGGAAUGCUGUAUGGAGUACACGCGUUCGAUAUCACAUGGGACGGUCCUCUCGGGACUGUUGCUGUAAUCGGCUUUGCGACAAAGUAAAAACUAAACUACUGUUCACGGCACCUUAUCUUGAAAUCAAAAUUUAUGAGCACGUGAUGCUCCACUGUAUUUUCCCCCCAAUUAACCUUCAAAACAACUGAAAACGGUUUUUCCAACGCUUUAGGUCAAAGUGUUAAUCUAAUUAGACUUAUAAUGAAAUUAAUUAGAUGACUUGUGAAUCUCAUAUCAGUUUUUUGUCAAUCUAAUUCGACAAACUUUGUUUUAUCAAUCUAAUAAGAAAAUAUAUCUGUCUAGCCUCACAAGGGAACCUCUUAAGUGAUUAAAGGAACCAGCCUAAACUAACGACACAGUUCGAGAGAGGGACUUUCAAAAGCUAUAUUCCAGUUUUCAAAAGCUGCUUUCGAGACCUCUGAAAUGCUGAAAUUCCAGUCCGAAGUUUGACAUUUCUUAACCAUAGAUUUCGCAUUUUGAUGGCGCGGCGACCCACCCUCACACCCUCGCCAUGCGCCACGAUUGUCACCGCCCGCAACACCCCACGAAAAUGUGGUCGAGUGGCGCAGGAGUUAACGGUGGGGAUGAGGGGAAUGUGGUCACGGGCUCGACUCCCUGGUUUUGCUUUUUCUUUUUUCUUUCCUUUUUUCAUAUAUUUUUGACGAAAUUGUUUUGAAAUGUUGAUUUUUGAAGGGAUUAAAGUUGCCAACUGAAGUUCCUCAUCGUGUAUGCGGAAAUUCUUCAUCAACACAUGAAUCUUUUUUGCGAUGUAAAUGUCAUGCUGAUCAACUUUGUAGUUGAUCAUUAUUCUCUACAAAAAUUCCCCUUCGAGUUAUGGAUCAAAGAAUCAACUGCACUCAAACACUGUUCUCAAAAAAACCAUCGCAAAAAAGAUUUAUGUGUUGAUGAAGAAUUUCCGCAUACACGAUGAGGAACUUCAGUUGGCAACUUUAAUCCCUUCAAAAAUCAACAUUUCAAAACAAUUUCGUCAAAAAUAUAUGAAAAAAGGAAAGAAAAAAGAAAAAGCAAAACCAGGGAGUCGAGCCCGUGACCACAUUCCCCUCAUCCCCACCGUUAACUCCUGCGCCACUCGACCACAUUUUCGUGGGGUGUUGCGGGCGGUGACAAUCGUGGCGCAUGGCGAGGGUGUGAGGGUGGGUCGCCGCGCCAUCAAAAUGCGAAAUCUAUGGUUAAGAAAUGUCAAACUUCGGACUGGAAUUUCAGCAUUUCAGAGGUCUCGAAAGCAGCUUUUGAAAACUGGAAUAUAGCUUUUGAAAGUCCCUCUCUCGAACUGUGUCGUUAGUUUAGGCUGGUUCCUUUAAUCACUUAAAAGGUUCCCUUGUCAGGUAAAUCGUUUGUAAUCUAGCUAGCUAAUUCGCGUUUCUAACCGGACCUAAUUAGAUUGCUAAUUUACUGCGAUUAGAUUGCAAAUUCUUCUAACUGGACUGAUAAAUUUACUGAUUAGAUUGGCGAAGCUAAUUAGAUUGCAAAAACACUGAUCUUAGAUUCAAAAUUUAUCUAAUUAGAUUAAAAUUUCGGGCAAACCUAGCUAGAUUAUGUUUAGAUUGCAAAUUCAGCUAGCUAGAUUCAGAAAUCGGUAGCAAUCUAUUAUAGCAUAGUUGCCACGGGCCGGGCCGGGCCGGGCCGGGCCGGGCCGAAAUUUCCAAAACUCCGGCCCGGCCCGGCCCGUCGGCCCGGCCCGGCCCGGCCCGACCCGGCCCGGCCCGGUCGGCCCGGUUCAAAAAGCGGGAAUUCAAAAUUUGAAUUAUUGAUCGCAUGAAGCCAUUUUUUGUAGAAUUAGGGGUUUUUUGCAAGCAUCGAACAUUGAAAAACAAAUGUAUUUCUCAUAAAAAAUUCAUAAUAGCAAGAAAACAAAGAAGAAACACUAAAACUUUAGUUCGAAAAUUUUUUUGUAAUAACGAAAAAAAAAUUUCCGCGAAAAUUUGAAUUCCCGCCUUUUGAACCGGGCCGACCGGGCCGGGCCGGGCCGGCACUUCACCGACCCGGCCCGGCCCGGGCCGGCACUUUUCCGGCCCGAAAUCUGGCAAGUCUGUAUUAUAGGGGCACCGCACAGAAAUGGCGCUCUGUUGAGAAACUCCGUUUGCAGUGCAAAUUGAGCGACCUCGGGGCCGAGUUUGAAAGUUAGGCCACAUUUUCAAUGGAAAAUUACAUCGCGGCCUAGAAAUUCGGCCAGAUUGCGAACAGCGCGCCCUUUCUGUCCGGUGCCCCUAUAAUAACUAAGUCCGUUUAGAAACAAGAAUUAGCUAGUUAGAAACGAUUUGCCUGAGGCUAGAAAAUUUUUAAAUCUAAUCGCAGUUUAUUAGCAAUCUAAUUAGUCCUGGUUAUAAACGCGAAUUACAUAGCUAGAUUAAUCACGAUUUCCCUGAGCAGUGUUUUUGUAAUCUAAUUAGCUUCGCCAAUCUAAUUAGAACAUUUAUCAGUCUAGUUAGAUGAAAUUGCAAUUUAAUGGCAGUAAAUUAGCCAUCUUGAUUUUCGAGCCAAAUUGUUUCCAAAGUCGCGCCUUUUUGUAAUUUUAAGUUCCGCAAUAGGACCGGGUCGAUUUUCGACAAGUCUGCUAACUUUAUUUCUUCCAUCCAUCUAUAAUGGUCCGCUGCGCGGAUUGAGCUUGCGCUCGGAAGCAGUUUCACCGCUUGUUAGAUUCUCAGAACCGUUAGAACGUUCACGUGUUUCACACUUUCCGCUCAGUUCUCGCCUAGAUAAUCAGAGUGGAGAAAACAUGAGGGCGACACGUGCAUAAACCAUUCAUAUUUCCGAAAUAGGGUGCCGCAGAAUGUCGUUCUAUUUAUUUGAAUUAAAUUGUACUUCCAGACACGCCGCACUUCACUGCGUAGGAUAUAUAGCCUUGCUCGGGUCUGACGACCAAUCUUGGGGAUGGAAUCUGGUGGAUAAUGUUUUGAUGCACAAUGGAGAUCAGCUUGGCGUCUAUCCAAAGAUCAACAAUCCACCAAAAUAUGAGGUUUUUUUUUAUAUAAAGAAGAUGAGUUAGAUUACACGACUACGCCAAGCGAAGCGUUCAUCUACCCUCACCCAUUUUCGCCACCAGAGUGAGCCCCCGAGACCCAAAUUGUUUUUGGAAUAUUCGUCGAGAGAAUUUUCGAGCGAUGAAAACCGAGACGAGAAUGAUCUUUUUACUUUGUUUUAAUUUUCAAUAGACUGUCUUUUCUAAUGGUCUCGUACGUUUGGUCGGUUUUUUAAAAAAGUUUUUUUACGUCGAAAAACUCAAUUCAGCGAUGUAAAGGAACGAAAAAAACGGAAAACAAACAUACGCCGAAUACCCCAUAAACAACAAAUUAGAACAGGUACCAAUUUCUCAGGGAACUCUUUAUUAAUCUAGCUAGGUAAUUCGCGUUUAUAACCGGCCCUAAUUAGAUUGAUAAUUUACUGGGGUUUGAUUGCAAAUUCAGUAGAGAACCCCCCACGUUAUGGACAACCUUCAAAAAGCCCCCCACUAGAUUUAUAAAGAUAUGAUAUUAUAUUCACAAUGCAUCUAAUUGGAUUGACGCUUUCGGUCAAAGUGUUAAUAUAAUUAGAUGAAUUCUGACUUUAAUUAGAUGAAUUGUGAAUCUAAUAUCAGUUCUUUGUUAAUCUAAUCAGAGAAAUUUUGUUUCGUCAAUCUAAUUCAAAAAUAUAUCAGUCUAGCUAGAAAAAUUGCACUAAUCGCAGUAAUUUAGCAAUCUAAUUAGGGCCUGUUAUAAACUCGAAUUAGCUAGCUAGAUUAAUAACGAUUUCCCAGAGUUCUUUAGUUUCUCACGUGACCUUUUUUCCAACAGUACAUCUAAUUUGACAGAUUUGCCAGCUAGUUCUAGAAAUGAUCGGGAAUUUCCCGUUUCUCGACUCGAUUCAAACCUAGUGUUCAGACAAAGAACCAGUAAGACGGAAUUUGCAGAUGGGAGAGCGAAUUCGACUCGUCGUGGACUGCGACAAACAUGUAGCGUAUUUUGAGCGAGGCGCCGAAUUUCUAGGAGUUGCUUUUGAACACUUACCACCACUUCGCCUGUUUCCAGCAAUUUGCGCUGUUUAUGGUAACACAGAAGUAUCUAUGGUUUAUGUUGGAAGUCCACAAUUAGGAUAAAGAUUGUAUUUUUCGUCAGUCUAGACUCUUGAUGUUUCUCAAAGAUACCUUCAUAAAGCUUCACGAACCACAUGUUUUCAAAAAAGUAGGCUGGUCGAACAGGCGAUUUCAGGCGCCUGUUCGACCAGCCUACAAAGCUAACGGAGUCUGUCUCUCUGUUUACUUUUUCAUUUGUCCGCACACGUUUCAUAGUUGUGACGAAGAAAAUAAAAAAUGAACACGUCAACUUUCUAACAGUUUUGAAUAGAAAUAAUGCGGCGAAGCCGCUUUCGAGCUCGGACCGCGCAGCGGGCCCACGUUCGAAAGUCUUGUAGAAAAUAAGAUCAACCAAUCUUUAAUCAGUGCUCAGAAUUUUAAUUCCCCGCUUAUUGCGGCCUCCAAAUGUAUGCUCCUCGAUCGGCGCUACAACCAGGGUGAGCUGCCGAGACUGAAGUCCCGGGAAUUGCCGGGAAAAGUAAUGGGAGAAUUUCCCGAGAAGCGUCGGUACCGAGAAGUGUGAAGACUUGUCGUUCCCGGGAACGAGAAGUAUCGAUACUUCUCGGUACCGAGAAGUCUCGCCAAUUUUGUUGAUUUGGUCUCGAGAGCUCACUCGGGCUACAACGGAUUAGAACUUAAACGGAAUAGAACUCAGAGACUACUACGAGUCGUAGUUGUUUUUUAGCGUUGGGGGUUCUAUUUCGUAACAGUUCUAUUCCGUUCAAGUUCUAAUCCGUUUUAGCGCCCUUCGAUCGACUCGGCUAAUGCAAUAGAGCGCGCUUGCUGACUGGCCUGUGAUUCAAAUGUUUCCUUUCGAAAACUGCUUGCCUUCGUGUUGAAAAUUUUUAAUUUUUUGCUUGCAAAUCAUAUAUGUAUUUUUAUUGCUUUCAAAUCUAGAAAUUAUACUCAACUCAGAAUUGAUGCGGUUCUCUAUUUCACAUCUUUACCAUAGUAAUCGUCUGUGUACAAUUGUAUUUACGCCAUAAGCAUGUCUUGUUCAAUAAAUGUGUUCCUUCGGAAUUGACGGUCGUUUUCUACUAUGGUUCUCUUCCGUUAAUCCAUACUUAUAAGCAUUUGAAAAAAGCGUUAUGUAAUGUUUAGGAAUAUAUUCCUAAAGAAGACAUAAUGAUGAUCUACGAUGAAGACGAUGAGAUACAGCACGCGCAUAUGGACGAUUACGAAGAUACUUCCGGUGAGAUCACCUCAGAACAAUGGCAGGAAGCGUGUUGGGUAGUGAUCAGUGCAUAUUUCGAUGAGAAAGUAAUGUGCUAUACAUACUCUUCGAACGAAUCUACGAUUUCAGGGACUCGUACGCCAACAACUGGAUUCGUUCGACGAGUUUGUUCAAAUGAAUGUGCAGCGGAUUGUGGAAGACUCACCACCAGUCGAGUUACAAUCGGAAAAUCAACAUCUUGGAGCAGAUCUUGAGAAUCCAGCGAAAUUUUCACUCAAAUUCAAUCAAAUUUAUCUGUCAAAACCAACUCACUGGGAGAAAGACGGUGCACCAAUGCCAAUGAUGCCGAAUGAAGCAAGACUUCGAAAUUUGACUUACGCUUCUCCUUUGUACGUCGACAUCACAAAAGUCGUCACACGAGAUGAUUCCGUUAACGAAAAGAUCUACGAGAAAGUAUUUGUUGGGAAAGUUCCAGUUAUGCUUCGUUCAAGCUAUUGUAUGUUAUCGAACAUGACAGAUCGUGAUCUAACCGAGUUGAAUGAGUGUCCGCUUGACCCAGGAGGAUAUUUUGUUAUCAACGGUUCGGAAAAAGUUCUCAUUGCUCAAGAGAAAAUGGCUACCAACACUGUAUAUGUUUUUUCUAUGAAGGACGGGAAAUACGCUUUCAAAACGGAAUGUCGCUCAUGCCUUGAGAAUUCAUCGCGACCAACCUCCACAAUGUGGGUUAACAUGCUCGCGCGAGGCGGUGGAGGAGGGAAGAAGACAGCAAUGGGGCAAAGAAUUAUCGGAAUUCUCCCAUACAUCAAACAAGAGAUUCCAAUUAUGAUCGUGUUCCGUGCACUUGGUUUUGUAUCUGAUAGAGACAUUUUGGGACAUAUCAUUUAUGAUUUUGAUGAUCCCGAAAUGAUGGAAAUGGUUAAACCUUCGCUCGAUGAAGCGUUUGUCAUUCAAGAACAGAAUGUAGCCCUGAACUUUAUUGGAGCCCGUGGAGCCAAGCCUGGAGUCACCCGCGAGCAACGAAUCAAAUACGCUCGUGAAAUUUUACAAAAGGAAUUGUUACCUCACGUUGGCGUUUCAGAGCACUGUGAAACAAAAAAAGCGGUAAGCGUAGGUUUAUCUUUACUUUACGGGGAACUUAUUUGUAGUUUUUCAUUGGAUACAUGGUCCAUCGUCUAUUGUUGGCUGCUCUUGGCCGUCGUGAAUUGGACGACCGCGAUCACAUUGGCAACAAAAGACUCGACUUGGCCGGCCCACUUCUUGCGUUUCUAUUCCGCGCCCUUUUCCGCAAUCUACUCAAAGAGGCAUGCUUUCCAAAAACAAAUUUCGGUAAAUUUCAUAAAAUAAUGUUUGAAGAUGCGAAUGACUGCUCAAAAGUAUAUCAACAAAAACGAUGAUUUCGCAUUGGAUGUGUGUGUAAAAACAUCUACAAUCACGCGUGGACUUGCUUAUUCGCUUGCUACAGGGAACUGGGGAGAUCAAAAGAAAGCACAUCAAUCUCGAGCUGGAGUAUCUCAAGUUCUCAAUCGUCUCACGUAUACCGCUACUCUUUCACAUCUCCGGAGAGCCAACUCGCCAAUCGGUAGAGAAGGGAAGCUAGCAAAGCCAAGGCAGUUACACAACACGCAAUGGGGAAUGGUUUGUCCGGCCGAAACUCCCGAAGGACAAGCUGUUGGACUUGUGAAAAAUCUCGCCUUGAUGGCCUAUAUUUCUGUCGGAUCACUUCCGGAGCCAAUCCUGGAAUUCCUUGAAGAGUGGUCUAUGGAGAACCUCGAAGAAGUAUCUCCUUCUGCCAUUGCCGAUGCCACAAAGAUUUUUGUCAAUGGUGCUUGGGUUGGAAUUCAUCGUGAACCUGAUCAACUCAUGACUACAUUGAAAAAACUACGGCGACAAAUGGAUAUAAUUGUUUCCGAAGUAUCUAUGGUUCGCGACAUUCGUGAUAGAGAAAUUCGAAUUUAUACUGACGCGGGUAGGGUUUGUCGUCCACUUCUUAUUGUUGAAGAUCAAAAAUUGGCUCUUAAAAAGAAACACAUUGACUUAUUGAAGGUGAGUUUUACAAGCAGUGCAAAGUUUUUAAAAUUUUAUUUUGACAGGACGUGGAUGAAGCGAAUAAGUACACAUGGUCUGAUCUAGUUGGUGGUGGUGUCGUUGAACUAAUUGACUCGAUGGAAGAAGAGACUUCCAUGAUUGCAAUGAUGCCUGAAGACUUAAGAAUGGGAGGAUACUGCGAUACACACACACAUUGUGAGAUUCAUCCGGCUAUGAUUCUUGGAGUUUGUGCUUCCAUUAUUCCAUUCCCUGAUCACAACCAGUCACCGAGAAACACUUAUCAAGUGAGUUUCAACUGUUUUAUACUUCGACACAACGCUUACCAUAAUGUCGACACCGGUUUUCGAUGUGAGUAGCAUAGCAGUGAUUUUUCAGCACGGCCCAUACGGUCUCAAAAACUUUCAAUUUCCGUAUGUUUUCCUAUAUUAAUUUUUUAAAGCCUCAGUCAUGAGUCUUUCGAAUACAUACAUGGCAGAACAUCUGUUCGACAUGUGCUAUGAAAACCAGCUAGAUAUACAAAAAUUACAAAAUUUAUGCAACAGCCACGGUCUCCAGAGCUUACAAUGGGCGCAAGUGCGCCCCGCCCAAUAGAGCGAUACAUUGGCGCGAAAUUCAAAUUUUAACAGCAAAAUUAGAGUUUUUGCCAGAUUAGCCACGAAAAACCGAUAAUUUCUCAUUUGUCUCUCGAUAGACCGAUUAUAUAGGCUAUUACACAUUUUUAUGCGCAAGAGCGUCAAAUUUGGUCAAAUCGCAAAUCACGUUUAUCCGUUUGAAGGUUUUUGGCUAAAACUGCGUGAAUUUCUGUAGCUUUUCGGUAGUUUUCGCGGUUCUAGCGCUCGAAAUGCUUGUAUUUACGUGAUUUAUCAUUCUCAAAACCAAUUCUGUCUGAAAACGGCCAAGAAAGCGCAAAAUGAGAAGUGCGGUUUUUAGGCGGCGAUCGGCGGCGAAGGCGAAAAAGCAAAGUCCGCGAAAAAUGCGCCAAAACGUCAUUAAUUCUGAGAAUUAGUGUGUGUGUCGAACAAUCGUUUUUCAUCGCCGUUGACCACAAAAAUCCAAGAAAACCUGCUCAAUUCAUGAAAACGCCAUUUGGCCGAGAGCUCUGGAGACCGUGUAACAGAAGUUCAAAUUUGCUUCAGGUGGACACAGCUAAACUCAAUUCAUCGCUAUUGCCCCUCAGUGUUUGCAGACUCAAGCCGAAAUUUCUGAAAUUAGGCUUGAGUACGCAAACACCAAGGGGACAAAAGCGGUGAAUUGAGAGUAUGUAUAAAGAAGGAGUUCUGGAAUCUAGUAGUAUCUAGAAGACAUGAAUAAAUGAACGAAGCAAGGAAUCAGUUUUCAGAGUGCUAUGGGGAAACAAGCCAUGGGAGUUUACACAACGAAUUUUCAUGUCAGAAUGGACACAUUGGCACACGUGCUUUAUUAUCCGCAAAAACCUCUAGUCACGACACGAUCAAUGGAGUAUCUUCGGUUCAACGAGCUUCCUGCUGGAAUUAAUGCUAUCGUCGCCAUUUUGUCUUAUUCUGGCUACAAUCAAGAAGAUUCCGUCAUUAUGAACAAUUCGGCAAUUGAUCGUGGCCUCUUCCGUUCAGUUUUCUAUCGAUCUUACCGAGAUAAUGAAGCAAACCUGGACAACGCCAACGAAGAGUUGAUAGAGAAGCCAACACGAGAUAAAUGUUCGGGAAUGCGUCAUUCGCUUUAUGAUAAACUUGACGAGGAUGGUAUCAUCUCACCAGGAAUGCGUGUUUCUGGAGAUGAUGUGAUUAUUGGCAAGACGGUUGCUCUUCCGGAAAUUGACGAUGACUUGGAUGCCACCGGGAAGAAGUAUCCGAAAAGAGAUGCAUCAACUUUCUUGAGAAGUUCAGAGACAGGAAUUGUCGAUCAGGUAUUGUCUCGCUUGAAGAUAUUGAAGGAACUAAGACUUGGAACAUAGGUGUUUUGAGUUAAACGUCGGCAGUUCGGGACGGGCUAGUGGGAGGGUCCUGGUUCGGAAAAAAAAUUUGGCAUUACUUCUAUAGGUCAUAUUCUUUCAGUUUCCACUCAUUUUAACCCACUAGGCUACCUGAUACGAGCACUAGAAUCACUAAUGAUUGCAGGAGUGUCCUUAUGGCGCCGCAAUCUAUUCAUUUCUGACUUUACUGGGACUGUAACAGGUUGUCAAGUUGUUCUAACUGUUUAAUUUACUUCUAUGGGUCAUAUUCGUUCAGUUUCCUCUCAUUUGAACCGACGGGGAUACCUGGUACGAACAUUACAAUCACUAAUGUCCAGAUUGCAGGUCAUAUUGGACAUACAUGUUUAACAGUAAUACAAUAAAACGAAGCUUGUAUAAAUUUUUUUUGAAAAUUUUUUUAAUGCUUUUCCACAGUGGGAUCUUAUGGUUGCCGCUGGUUCGGAAAUUUCAAUCCGACCGCCAGGCUGGAAAAAUGUUUUGGCGUUUCUCAAACAUCCCGCACCGAUGACUUUAAACCCAGUUUCACUUUAUUUCGAAGUCGCACCAAUCCACAGUACCGAAUGCAACAUCCCGUAUUUAUGUAUUUUGGAAAAUUGUUAUUCAAAAAAACAGCUUUAAAACUUCUUUCCGAUUUUUAAAACCGCAAAAACGCAACUUGCGAUAGAAAGUUUAACUUAAGAAAGUAAAUUCUCGCUAAAAGAUGAGGAAAAUUCAAUUAACAAAUAUUACAUUUCAAAACAAUUUUCAGGUGAUGCUAUCGUUAAACUCUGACGGGAACAAAUUCGUCAAAAUUCGAAUGCGCUCAGUGCGUCUUCCUCAAAUCGGAGACAAAUUUGCUUCGCGUCACGGUCAAAAAGGAACCAUGGGAAUUAUGUAUCGACAAGAAGACAUGCCAUUCACUGCGGAAGGACUUACUCCCGAUAUCAUUAUCAACCCUCAUGCAGUUCCAUCAAGAAUGACGAUUGGACAUUUGAUUGAAUGUCUGCAGGGUAAACUGUCAGCAAACAAAGGAGAAAUCGGUGAUGCGACGCCAUUCAACGACACCGUCAACGUUCAGAAAAUCUCUGGACUACUUUGCGAGUACGGUUAUCAUCUAAGAGGAAAUGAAGUAAUGUAUAACGGACACACUGGAUCCAAACUCACAACGCAAAUUUUCUUUGGACCAACCUAUUAUCAACGUCUGAAGCACAUGGUUGACGACAAAAUUCACUCGCGAGCUCGUGGUCCAAUUCAGGCAUAGCAUUUCAUUUUUGUUCUUUUAUGUGAAAUAUAUUUCUAGAUGAUGAAUCGACAGCCUAUGGAAGGAAGAGCUCGUGAUGGAGGACUCCGAUUCGGUGAAAUGGAACGAGAUUGUCAAAUUUCUCACGGAGCAACGCAAUUCCUUCGCGAACGUCUCUUCGAAGUCUCAGAUCCUUACCACGUCUACGUCUGCAACAACUGCGGAUUAAUUGUUGUUGCGAAUCUGAGAACAAACAGUUUUGAGUGCAAAGUAAUAACUGCGGAUAAUGAGACAAACUAAGAUGUAAAUGUUUUCAGGCGUGCCGUAACAAAACACAAGUUUCUGCCGUUCGAAUUCCGUACGCUUGCAAGCUGUUGUUUCAAGAACUUAUGUCUAUGUCCAUCGCUCCUCGGCUUAUGGUUCGAGCCCAAUCCUCUAAACGGUCCAAACUGUAA